AAGACUCGGAGUGACUGUGGACUUUCAGGCAUAGAGCUCAUGUUCGCUCUGCUUAUUUUCAGCAUUAUAAUUAACUAUACCAGUCUCUCUCGGCUUGCCACCCCUUGCUCUCUCAAACAUAGCAUCGCUGUCUGUUUCUGCAAUCAGAAGCUCAAUCUCUUUUAAUCUGCGCUGCUCAUAACUUUACUCAUGGAGAAUUAUCACAAAGUCGACCAGCAAACAGUGCAGGCUCUGAGAAACAUCGCCAUUCGACUCAGGAUCAACUCCAUUAAGGCAACUACAGCCGCAAACAGUGGACACCCAACAUCGUGCUGCAGUGUAGCAGAGAUCAUGUCUGUGUUGUUCUUCCACACAAUGAGGUACACGCCAGAAGAGCCCAGGAACCCCAACAAUGACCGUUUUGUUCUGUCAAAGGGACACGCUGCGCCGGCGCUAUAUGCUGUCUGGGCCGAGCUGGGAUACCUGAAGGAGAAUGAACUCUUCAGCCUCCGCAAGGUUGACUCCAUCCUUGAAGGACAUCCAGUCCCCAAGCAGCGGUUUGUGGAUGUUGCCACCGGGUCCCUGGGGCAAGGCCUUGGUGUGGCCUGUGGAAUGGCAUACACAGGCAAAUACUUUGACAAGGCCAGUUACCGCGUGUACUGCCUACUGGGAGAUGGAGAGCUGUCCGAGGGGUCGGUGUGGGAGGCCAUGGCCUUUGCUUCCUACAACCAGCUGGACAACUUGGUGGCUGUCCUGGACAUCAACGGGCUGGGCCAGAGUGAUCCAACUCCUCUGCAGCACCACAUGGAGAAGUACCAGAGACGCUGUGAAGCAUUUGGCUGGAAUGCCUUCGUCGUGGAUGGCCACAGUGUGGAGGAGCUCUGUAAAGUCCUCAGCCAGCCUCGACACCAACCCACUGCCAUUAUCGCCAAAACCAUUAAAGGCAAAGGAAUUCCAGCCGCUGAGGACAAGAUGGGCUGGCAUGGGAAGGUCCUCCCCAAGGACAUGGCGGACAGCGUGGUGAGGGAGCUGCACAGCCACAUCCUGAACAGCAGCAAGCGCCUGUACCCAGCCACGCCCGUGGACGAUGCCCCACUCGUGAACGUGCGCAACAUCCGCAUGCCCAGCGGCCCCAGCUACAAACUGGGGGAGAAGAUUGCCACACGGAAGGCUUACGGUCUGGCUCUAGCCAAACUGGGCCGGUACAACGAGCGGUUGGUGGCCCUGGAUGGGGACACCAAGAACUCCACCUUCUGUGAAAUAUUCAAGAACGAGCAUCCCGACCAGUUCGUGGAGUGUUACCUUGGCGAGCAAAACAUGGUGAGUGUGGCCGUGGGUUGUGCCGCCAGGGACAGGAACGUCGUCUUCGCCAGCACCUUUGCCGCCUUCUUCAGCCGGGCGUUCGACCAGCUGCGUAUGGCAGCCAUCUCUGAGAGCGACAUUAUCCUGUGUGGCUCCCACUGUGGCUUGUCUGCUGGGGAAGAUGGACCAUCUCAGAUGGGCCUGGAGGAUCUGGCAUUGUUCAGAGCCAUCCCCACGGCGACCAUUUUCUACCCCAGCGAUGGAGUCGCCACCGAGAAGGCAGUAGAGCUGGCGGCAAACAGGAAGGGUAUUUGCUUCAUAAGAACCAGUCGUCCUGAGAGUGCGGUCAUUUACAACAGCAGUGAGGACUUUCACAUCGGCCAGGCCAAGGUGGUGUACAGGAGCAACGAUGAUCAUGUGACUGUGAUUGGGGCGGGGGUCACGCUGCACGAAGCCUUGGCAGCAGCUGAGCAACUCAAGAAAGAGAGAAUCAAUCUCAGGGUGAUUGACCCUUUCACAAUUAAACCCCUGGAUGCUCAAACCAUCAUCAACAAUGCCAAGGCAACCAAGGGCCGCAUCAUCACUGUGGAGGACCACUAUUAUGAAGGUGGCCUGGGGGAGGCAGUGUGUUCUGCCAUAGUGAACGAGGCUGGGCUCACGGUGCAUCGUCUGGCUGUGGUCCGUGUGCCACGCAGCGGCAAACCAGCCGAGUUACUCAAGAUCUUUGGCAUUGACAGGGACGCCAUCAUGCAGGUGGCCAAGAAGAUGGUCAGCAGCUCUGCUAAUGCCAAGUAGAUGCUCCAAGGGGUUGGCCUUCACUGUGACCCACUUGGCGUUAAAUUUUGUCCUCUGUCAUCAAUAAAUCAGCCAUUGAAACUUUUGGAAACCAUAUACAUCUAUUAAUUCAUAUUGACAUGCUGUUAAAUUGACCCCUAUUCUUUGUCUUCUUCCUCACUCCAAAUCCAGGCCAAGAAUUUGGUGUGUUGUAGCCUUAUGGUGCUUUUCCACUGGCACCUAGAACUGAGCCGUGCCAGAGCCAUACUGCAAACUGAAAGUUUUCCAUUGUAAAUUAUGCAAGCCAUGGCCAAGUCAUACCCGUGCUGACACAGCACUGCUUACUAC